AUGGAAAUCAUCGAUGGUCUACUAUUUAUGAAAAGACCUGAAAAUCCAAAGCAGAUAACUGAAAGAAAGAAAGUUGAUUUGGAGAAUGGCGAGCAUAAUUAUUCAAAGAACUUUGACAAGACAUUGACAGAAGAAGAAGAAGAAGAAGAUCCAACGAAUUGUUCGUCAACAUUACUUGAGCAUAAAUCUCAAUUAGAGAGUCGUCUACUCACUCGUGAUGAUCUGAUUAAUUUAGACAAAAUUGAACCUCGUUGGAGAUAUAUUCGAAUAGGAUUAUUAAUUGGAUUUGGGAUUAUAUUUUUUGGUCUUUUAGCAGCAUGUAUUGUUUACAUAAUUGUUGGAGAAAAAUGCCCAUCUGUGCCCAAAUUACCAUUUUGGAAAUCAACAGUUGGUUACUGGUUAGAUGUGUUUGCAUUUAAAGACUUUUCUGGCGAUUUAGUCGGAGAUCUAAACGGUAAUGAGUAUUAG